AUGAAGCACCGCAGACCCUGGCGUGGAAUCGCUCUCUUGGUUCUUAGUCCACUUUACGAGGGGACCACCAUCUAUGUCAUGAAACAGUUCAGUCUCGAAGCGUUCUGCGACACUAUACAGCGAGAGAAGAUCACUUAUGCCUACAUCGUUCCGCCGGUUGGCGUCGCACCUGCAAAGAACCCCAUGGUCAGCAAAUACGACCUAAGUUCCCUGCGAAUGUUGCACUCAUCUGCAGCGCCGAUGGAGAAUGAGCUAAUUGAAGCAAUACACGAGCGCCUCAAGGUGCCUGUCAAGCAAGGCUACGGACUCAGCGAAGCGUCACCACUGGUUGCACCGGCAGAGCUCGAGGGCCUGCUGCUCGCGCACCCAGCCGUCGCUGACGUGGCCGUGGUAGGAGUAUACAGCGAGCAGCGGGCGACUGAGCUACCAAAAGCAGUCAUCGUUCUGGCUGAUAGCUAUAAAGGGGAUGGGGAGAUGGAGAAGGAUCUGAAACAUUGA